AAAACCCUUGCACCCAUCUCUCCAUUGCAAUCAGAUCUGAUUUCAGUUAUGUUAAGUUUAUAGUUCUUUCAAUCUUCGUUCUCAUAAUGAGGCAUCUCGAUCUCAUUUCAUCAAAGCACAACACUCGACAAUGGCGGUUCCUAGACUUCGUAUCUCUCAUAUUCUUCGCUGCCAUCUUCCUUUUCUUCGUUCUCGUUCUUACUCCUCUUGGAGAUUCCAUUGCUGCAUCCGGCAGCCAAGCUCUCAUCACCUCCACCACCGGCGCCAAGCAACGCCACCACCUCAUUGCCUUGAUUGAAGCCGGAAGAAACCUUACGAUUCAGUCUUGUCCUUCUGAUACUGUUGAUUAUAUGCCGUGUGAGGAUCCUAAUCGGAAUAGAUUGCUUAGUAGGGAAAUGAAUUAUUAUCGGGAAAGACAUUGUCCGCCGGCGGAAGAGCGACCGUUGUGCUUGAUCCCUCCGCCUGAAGGGUAUAAUAUUCCGAUUCAGUGGCCGACUAGUUUGUAUAAGAUAUGGCAUGAAAACAUGCCGUAUAAUAAACUAGCUGAGCGGAAAGGUCAUCAGGGAUGGAUGAAAAAAGAAGGUCCACACUUCAUAUUUCCUGGAGGUGGCACUAUGUUUCCAGAUGGAGCCGUACAUUACAUUGAGCAGCUUGAACAUUAUAUUCCCAUUUCUGGUGGGGUUCUGCGGACGGUUCUUGAUAUGGGAUGUGGGGUUGCCAGUUUUGGAGGGUACCUACUAGCCGAAGACCUUUUAACGCUCUCUUUUGCUCCAAGAGAUUCACACAAGUCACAGAUACAAUUUGCUUUGGAAAGAGGAAUACCAGCAUUUGUUUUGAUGCUUGGCACUCGCCGACUCCCGUUUCCUGCGUUCUCGUUCGACUUGAUCCACUGCUCUCGUUGCUUGAUACCAUUUACCGCACACAAUGCUACGUAUUUUAUGGAAGUUGAUCGAUUGCUUCGUCCAGGAGGGUACCUAGUAAUCUCGGGGCCCCCUGUACAAUGGCAUGGAUAUGAAAAAGAAUGGGAAGAUCUCCAGACAGUUGCUAAGGCAUUGUGCUAUGAUUCGGUUGUUGUCGAUGGGAACACUGCCAUAUGGAAGAAGCCCACGGAUAUUUCAUGUCUCAAGAGCCAAAAGCUCGGGAUCAAAUUGUGUGACGAGUCAGAUGACCCUAGUUCUGCAUGGUACUAUGGGUUAAAACAAUGUGUGAGCUUGCCGUCUUCCGUCAAUGGAAAACUUGCCGUUGGUGCAAUUCCAAAAUGGCCGCAAAGACUAACGAAAACUCCAUCAAGGGCUACCGUAAUUAGAAAUGGAAACGAGGAGUUUGAACUCGAUACUCGCCUCUGGCAGCGGAGGAUUUCUUUCUACAAAGAAUCAUUGAACUUGAAGCUCGGGACCCAAGCAGUAAGAAAUGUCAUGGAUAUGAAUGCAUUUUUUGGUGGCUUUGCUGCUUCCCUUAUAUCCGACCCAUUGUGGGUGAUGAAUAUUGUUCCACACAAUAAGCCUUCAACUCUAGGUGCUAUCUUUGAUAGAGGACUUAUUGGCGUUUAUCAUGAUUGGUGUGAACCCUUCUCAAGUUACCCUCGGACUUAUGACUUCAUCCAUGUGGCUUCAUUUGAGUCACUCAUAAAGGAUCCGACUACCGGCAAGAAGAGAUGUAAUAUUGUGGAUGUGAUGGUCGAGAUAGAUCGGUUAUUACGACCCGAAGGAACAUUCGUGGUUCGUGAUUCACCAGAAACAAUUAAAAAAUUAGAUUCUGUUGCUCGUUCAGUAAGAUGGGAAUCUACGAUACACGAUACAGAACCAGAAUCACACAUGAAUGAACGAAUCUUAGUUGCUACGAAACCACUUUGGACAUUGACGUCGUCCCAAUGAUACGUUCGUUUUUUUGUCUUCAAAUACAGGUAAAGAAAAGUUAUUUCCGGAUAUCGUCGUCUUUCUUCAUGUGUACGUUAUACAGUAUUAUCAGAAACUUAAUUCAUGCAUCAAAGGGUGCAACUUCAUUGCUUGUUAUGCAAGUUAUCUACUCGUAAAUUUCUUGCAUACGGACGUUGGAGAUCGACGAAUGGGGUUGAUUUCUUGAUGUGCAAGUUAUCUUAUGGAAACUUGCUGUAUGCAUCAAAGGAUGUUGCAGGUUUCUUGAAGUGCAAGUUAUCUAAUUAGAAACUUGUUGCAUGAAUCAAAAGGGUGUAAAGGGUUUGAUUUGUUUCUUGAUGUGUAAGUUAUUUACUAGAAAUUGCUUUUGAGCAUUAAAGGAUGUAGGUUUCUUUAUUGUUUUUCAUUAAUGAUUUAGGGGGGUGUUUGGUUCAUUUCAGUAUGAUUUAUGAGGUGUUUUGGUUCGUUUCAGUAUAAUUUAUGGGAUGUUUAUGUUUGUUUC